AUUUCGUAACCAGGAAGUAAAGGGCAACCGGCGUCACACAUCUGGGCUACGGGGUCGCGCUGGCUGACCGGCCGGGCAAGUUUCCUGGCGACAAAGUGGGCCAGCCACGUCCGAGGUCCUUCCCUGGCCGGGUCAUGCUAGCCCACCCGGUCAGACACUUGGAAUGCUGGAAAUGAGUUAACAGGUCCGAGGAGAGGGAAAUAAGGGUAAUCGCUUCAAGGUGGUAAUUUUUCAUCAGAAGUUGGACUCAGGCGUGCCGGCCCGGUUGCCUACCCCUGGCACGAGGAAAUAGAAUUCAAAGCAGCAAAGGGGGGAAAUGUUAACGGUGUAGAAGGACAUACCUGAGGCUUUAUGAAACUGGCAAGUACCUCAGAAUUGGUACAUGUAUAGAAACAAGCUGUGAGAAGGUGUUACAUUAUCCGGAAAUUGGAUUGGAAUACAUGAAGUUAUUUUGGAUAGCCUAAGCACUCCACGUGGGUGUUACCGCGCAAGUUGUUUCCUGUGUUCUGGCGAAAUCCCGUGAGAGUUUAAAGGUGCGCGAGAGCUGGAGUUUCAGGUCUGUUUGCAGCGAGUGGAACAGGAGCUCAAUUUGACAUAAUCCGUCCACCUCGUCCAACAUAAUAGUUGGAUCAGCAGCCAAUCAUCUUCCUGGCACGGGACAAUUAAUAUUUAAUACUAAUUGAGGCAGCUGGGUGAAAUCGGUAUUUAAAGAGACCGCGGGAUUGCCAAAUUUGGAUGACUUCCGUACUCCACCGGGGAAGAAGGGAAUGGAGAAUCGGAUUAUAACCUUUCGCCAUUGUGGCAAAGAUAUUUAUUGCUUUAAUGUACCGGUGGAAUGCCCGAUCUGUGGCCAGAGUCUCUUAGGACGAAGACUGGAAGAUGCCCCGGUCAGUAUUCCCAACUGCUUUGUAGAUGGGCAUCAAGAAAAGUGUUCUUUCCUGAUCAAACCUACUAAAGGAUCGUUCCUGAGAGAAUAUGAUGGACAAGCUGAUCUUCAUGUUGGUAUCUCAAAUACUCAGGGAAUUGUGUACAAUUACAUUGAAACCGGUGUCCAAAGAGAUGACUGUGGUUGGGAGGAAUGCAUUUCAGUACCACUGGUACAAUCAGACACAUACAAUUUAAUUAACCAGUGGGAUCUUUAUUUGGAGCAAUUCUCCACUGCUGACAUAUGGAUACCAGACAGGUAUGAUGAAUAUGAGCACAACUGCUAUUCCUUUGCAUUGACCUUCAUCAAUCGUGUCUUGGCAGCACAGAGUAAACGGCAGCUGAGUAGGAUGGAAUUUACCGAGAGGUUUGUGGUUCCACGGACAAAGCGAGCCUCCAAGUACAUCACACUUUAUCGAGAGCUAUGCAGAAGCUACUACUAUGUUGCAGAUGAUAUCCAAACUGAAGAAGUUAGCACCCAGUUUUAAAAAAAAACUGAACAGCUCGUCUAAAUUCAUGACUUUAAAAAUCACUACUCAGUGAAAUGUGCAGAAAAAUUAAACUUGCAUUGAUUAAUAGAGUUGCAUUUCCUCCUAUGUCCAUUAGUUACAAGGUAAUUUUAUUAUAAAUCAACCACUAAUUAUUUUUCUAACUACACAGAUUAUGACAAAUGGAACUACUAUAAAUAACUGAAGUAAAAUAAUAUUUUAUUUUGCUGUAAACAGUCCUGAAUACUGGACGUGCAUGCAGUAUUGUUCUCAAGAUCACACAAUAAAAUUGUAGUUUAAAUUUUGUCCAAGGUAAUAAGCUACGUUCAUACAUUGGAAGUGUGUGUGAAUUAUUGUGUGGUAGUGUCAGCAACCCCGGGUUUGCAUGGAAGAAAGC